AUGAACCUUCACAGCGACAGCCGCCGCAAUGACGGUCAUCCUUUCAACGACCAAUCUCGCAUAUUCAUCGACCUUACCGUCGACGACCAGUGCAGUACGAAUUCUAAAGCCUCCAGUACUAUUUCAGAUCAAAUUUCUAGCGGUUCAGCAUUGGCACUUAAGCAGCAAUCCAUGGAGGUGUCUCGUGUUACUAACCAGGAAACAGUCGUUCCUCUUCAGCCCCUCGGACCUACCGACUUCUACACAGUUCUGAAACGAUCUUUUAUAAAAGAAGAAAUGAUUACUUCCAUCGUUGAAGACAUCUUCUUGGAUCGUGAUGAAGCCAAUUACUGCGCUCGAGCUCUAGCGGAGUCUGAGGCUCAGAGAAGAUGCACCAGCUCCACUAAUUUCACCGAUCAAGAACAUUUAUACAAGGCGAAGAUCACUUUUAACGAGAAAGCUCCUUACGACGUGAUUACCGUGUUCAUUGAGCUGGGAAAGGUAAAGACUAAGAAUAAGUCAAUGGACGAUUCAUCACCCCAAACUUUGGAUGGAAUCACAUUGUCACUAGAAUUGAGCGCUUCAGGAUCAAAGAAAUGUUCUGAGUUGUGCUCCCCAUCAACCACGAGUAGUUCGCAUCACCCAAUAAUUGAAGGACAACUUCUACCUGCUGCUGAUGUCUCUGAGCGAGUGAGGGAUGAAAAUCUUGAUUCAUCCGCUCUCAGCGGAGAUUUUGGCAAUGAUGCUGAACCUCAGACCCAACACGGCUUACCAACAGGAGCAUCAGACAAGACUUAG